CUCUGGCUAGCUAGUGCGAUUAUUUUAUCACUAAAAUUGAUGGCCGGCUAGCUAGCUUAGCUUGGACCUAUAUAAUGGCUGCAGACUGCAGAUUAAGACCCACAAAAACCCCCCGCCUUUUUCUUUAUCAUCGUAUGAUCAGAUCUGACAGAAGGUUGAAGCUUUCGAGGUGGAAGGAUCGUUGAAGUGUGUCUUGCUGUUAUCAAGUAAGUAAUCCAAUCUUUUUUCACUCUUGAAAUUGACAGGAAAAAAACUUUUUGGUGACCAUAAACUCGUCGCUAAAGAGGUUUUUCGUGACCACUCUGUUGCUUAUGACAGCCCUUCUUUCGACUGCAAAAAAACACUCCCUUUACCUCCUGUUCUAGUGUGUUUCUAAGUGUUCUAUUCUAUGGUAUGUUGAGAUUAAACCAUUGAAAAAGUGAUGAAUUCGCGCAUAGAUUUCGACCAUAUAAACAUUAGCCAUGAACCAGAGAAGAAAGAGGGCAGAGGAGUUCGUAGAAAACCCACCAAAACCCAGUUCUUGGAUUGUCAAAGAAGAGAGAUCCAGAAGGGAAAGUUCAUCACUUUAUUUUCCCCGGAGACCAAACAGGAGGUUGCUUGGAGAUGCUGUUCUUUUCUUGUUUUUGGAAGAGAGUGGCGAAGAUACCCAUAUUAUGUCCAGCUCUAAGUGAUAGAAGAAAAAACAGAUAGUGGACAGCUACCUACCCCACCAACUAUGAUUAACAAAAGUUAAAUACUAUAUUUAUGCAUCCGUCACAAAUGAGGAGGUAACGUAGAGAUCGGUUGAAAGUUGGAUUCUAAGGGUUCGUUUGAGAGUUGCGAUUGUUUUGUUGAGAUUGUCAUUAUGCAUGUAUUGUUUACAAUGCAUCGUUUUUUUGUUUUUUAGCAGAAACAAUACAUUGAUUGUUUAUGUGAUGUUACAGAAACUAUCACUCAUUUUGAGUGAUUGUUAUAUUUCAACUUUUAGUUGUGAUUGCUGAGAUAGUUGAGUUGAGAUUGUUUUGUUUCAGCUUUUAGCUGAUGCGACAUACACAAUCACACAUACCAAACGUUGUAUUCUACAAUGCAUCAAAUUCGAUAAUACAUGUAUAAUAUUAUACAUGCAUUCUCAACAAUACAUCUAUUUAACAAUCGCAACUUCCAAACGACCCCUUAAGUGAUGUAUUUACAGCCCCAUUUUUCGUUAGUAAAUGAAUGAUAAAUAUGUUAUUUAUUUUGAAAAGUGUACUACUAUUUAUUUAUAGCAAAAACACAAUCAAAGCCUCCAAACAAAGUAUUUUCCAAAUUCAUACAUUUAAUCGAUGCAUCAUAUUACAAUACACAAAUUGAUAAAAAUACAUCAGUUUGGAGAAUCUCAACCUCCAAACGACCCCUAAUACAUUAUUGAAGAUUCUUAUUUGAUUUUUGGUCAUGUCGUGACAUUCAGACUCUUGAGAUUAAGACUUAAAUCUUUCGAGCUUGGGUUCGAUAGGCUAAAUUCAUUCGAAUUGAGCCGAGUUUGACAUUAGCGAUACUUAAAGUAGUUCUCAAUAUGAAACAGAGCCGUAGUCAGAAACUACUGAAGUGAGAGACAUGAAAUUAUAAUUAAUAUGUAUUUAUAGCUUCCAAAAAUCUAACUUAUUAAAAAAGAUAAUUAAUAAAUAAUUUUUUUCUCAUAUACAGUUUAUCCUUAAUUGCUAAGGUGACUAUAGUCACCAUAUCCGCUCCCAUAUAUUCCCUACAGCAUGCCCAUCCAGCCUCAGUGCUCUAAUUCAUUCACUGUUUUUUUUUUCAAUCAGGCAGAAUGGACACCGAGCUACCGGCGGCGGCGGCGGAAGCAGUCUUGUCAUCGUCGAGUCUCUUCCUCCCCGUCGUCGUGUCGACGGCGGUGGCGAUGUUGCUGGGGACGGUGGCUUACUUGUACGGCCCAUACUGGGGAGUCAGAAAGGUCCCCGGCCCACCAACCGUCCCUCUGCUGGGGCACAUUCCUCUCAUGGCCAAAUACGGGCCCGACGUCUUCUCCGUUCUCGCCAAGCGAUAUGGGCCUAUUUUCAGGUUUCAUUUGGGAAGACAGCCUCUGGUGAUCAUAGCUGAUCCAGAGCUCUGCAGAGAAGUUGGGAUCAAGAAAUUCAAACACUUCCCUAACAGAAGCAUCCCUUCUCCCAUUGCUUCCUCUCCUCUCCACCAGAAAGGUCUCUUCUUUACAAGAGAUACGAGGUGGUCAAUCAUGAGAAACACCAUACUCUCAGUCUACCAGCCAUCCUACCUAGCCAGUCUCAUCCCGACAAUGCAAUCCUACAUCGAAGCCGCGACACAAAACCUCCUUCCCACUUCAGGGGAAGGAAGAGGAGGAGAGGAAGGAGAAGACGACAUCGUCUUCUCCAACCUCUCUCUCCAACUUGCUACGGACGUCAUUGGACAGGCCGCUUUUGGUGUCGAUUUCGGCCUGUCCAAACCUCAGCAGCAACAAAAAGACAAGACAAUUGGUAAUGACGACGAUGUCACGAAUUUCAUCAACCAACACAUUUACUCCACCACACAACUCAAGAUGGACCUUUCGGGCUCGGUCUCCAUCAUCCUCGGCCUGCUCCUCCCGGUCCUUCAGGAGCCCGUCAGGCAGCUCCUGAAGCGAAUCCCGGGGACCAUGGACCGGAGGGUGGAGAAUGUCAACGUCGACAUAAGUGGUCGGCUAGACAAGAUCGUGGCCAGGAGAACGAACGAAGAAAACCGAGGUAGUUCAAAGGAUUUCCUGUCGCUCAUACUGAAGGCGAAGGAGACACAGUCCGAGGAAGUGGCUCGAACCGUGUUCGCUCCUGACUAUGUAAGUGCGGUGACUUACGAGCACCUUUUGGCCGGAUCGGCUACCACUUCAUUCACAUUGUCGUCGGCGCUUUACUUGGUCGCCGGACACCCUGAGGUGGAGAAGAAGUUGGUGGCCGAGAUCGAUGCGUUCGGGCCUCGUGAUGUCCUCCCGACUGCGAACGAUCUUCAACAUAAAUUUCCUUACCUCGAUCAGGUUGUGAAAGAGUCUCUAAGGUAUUACUUGGUUUCGCCAUUAGUUGCAAGAGAAACAUCAAGUGAGGUGGAAAUUGGAGGCUACCGUCUCCCAAAGGGCACUUGGGUUUGGUUGGCACCUGGGGUUCUAGCCAAAGACCCGAAGAACUUCCCGGAGCCCGAGAAGUUCAAGCCGGAGAGAUUCGAUCCAAACGGCGACGAGGAGAAACAGAGGCAUCCCUAUGCCUUCAUUCCCUUCGGGAUCGGCCCUAGAGCUUGCAUUGGCCAGAAAUUCUCCAUACAAGAAAUCAAGCUCUCACUCAUCCAUUUGUACCGUAACUACGUUUUCAGGCACUCUCCAAACAUGAAGAAGCCGUUGGAACUCGAGUACGGGAUAGUUCUCAACUUCAAGCAUGGUGUGAAGCUCAGAGUCACCAAAAGAACGUAAAAUAUUCGACGUUAAACUUGGUUGCACAAUGUCGAGAGCAGUUUGUUGCGUAAUGAUAUUCGAUGUAAUAUGUAACAUUUUGUACGUUUACAUAUGGAUAGUGAGUUAGCUAUCAUAAUAAUGUAACAUACAUCAUCAUCAUCUCUAUGUGAAACUUACACUAAUUAAGUUUAGAAGUUCGA